UUACAUUUGCGAAGAGAUGAAGAUAGGUGGGGAAAGUGUUACACCGCGCGGCUGAAACUAUAAGUAAGAGUUGGAUGCGCACGCGCCACUCAAAGCUCCUACCAGUGCGCAGUGUCACGGACGCUCGGUGUGCUCAUGCCCUAAAAUACCGCCAUCUACAUUUUUAUUCUAGUGCUAUUUUUUUUUAAAGGUGUGUGUUCUAUUCUGGAUUCAAAUCAUCGUCUCUACAUAUUUUAAAUAAGAGAGGAGCGAUGGCCGCGCUGUCGGGUACCCCCCUACUCAUGGCCAGUACGGUGCUCACAAAAAAACUACACGAUGAAGAUAUAAUAUUUUCUGAACGACAAAAGAAGAACAGAGAUUAUGAAUGGCAGGUUGUGUGGAGAAACGUGCUGGCUUUUGUCUAUCUUCACGUCGCCGCAUUCUACGGCCUCUACCUAAUGUUCACCGGAAAAGUCAAAUUCUGGACCAUACUCUUUGGUGUCAGUUUCGCGAUAAUGUCAGGAAUGGGAGUGACGGCGGGCGCUCACCGACUGUGGGCGCAUAGAGCCUAUAAAGCCCGCUGGCCACUGCGACUCUUCCUAGCAUUAAUGCAGACUAUGGCCUUCCAAAACCACAUUUACGAAUGGGUUCGGGAUCAUAGAGUUCACCAUAAGUUCACGGAGACGGAUGCGGACCCUCACAACGCUAAGAGAGGUUUCUUCUUCUCUCACAUCGGCUGGCUGAUGGUGCGCAAACAUAAGGAUGUCUUCGAGAAGGGCGCCACCGUCGACAUGUCCGAUCUGGAGAAGGAUCCAAUUGUUAUGUUUCAAAAGAAAACAUAUCUCGUGGUGAUGCCCAUCCUUUGCUUCAUAAUCCCAGCCUGGAUCCCAGUCUACUUCUGGGGCGAGAACGCGUGGAUCUCGUGGUACGUGGCGUCCAUCACCAGAUACACAGUGGCACUUCACUUCACAUGGCUAGUCAACUCGGCCGCUCAUAUUUGGGGUAAUCGGCCCUAUGACAAAAACAUAGGCGCUACGGACAACAAGAUGGUUGCCAUUUGUGCAUUUGGCGAAGGCUGGCACAACUACCACCACGUCUUCCCAUGGGAUUACAAAGCGGCUGAACUUGGAAACUAUAGUACAAAUCUCUCUACUGCUUUAAUAGACUUCGCCGCUAAACACGGUAUGGCUUACGAUUUGAAAACAGUGUCAGCUGAUAUGAUCCGGCAAAGAGUGAACAGGACAGGAGAUGGCUCCCACCCCUGGUCAAAGGAAGAGCUAGAAGAAGACGGUCACCAUCAUCCAGAGAACCCCGUGUGGGGAUGGGAUGACACGGAUAUGACAGAGGAAGACAAACAAUUUGCUGAAAUAGUUCAUAGAAAAACUGAAUAGAUUCCUUAAGGAGUGGAAUUUGUUUUAAUUUUUCUAUUGUGUUACGAAUGUCCCGAUUAUUCCUGAUGACUGACUGUUUUGUAAGCAUUUCAUUUAAAAAUACUUUUGUUCAAUGUUUAUCAGCAAGAAUGUCGCAUGCUUUUGUGUCCGUAAUUAGAAUAUACUACGUUACAGUUUGUAAAGAUUCAACAGAUGUAGAUUCAGUCAGGGAAGCUUUGUAAAGUGCCUCGUUUUUAAAACUUCCAAAUUCGAUCACAGAAGAAAACAAGUUUAAUAUGAAUCGUGUAAUAAGUGUUUAUGCUUUUGUGCUAUAAAUCGUGUCUAUGCUACGUGGCUGUAUUACUGUCAAAAAGUUAUGAAAUAUCGGGAGAGAUGAUGGGUAGAUAUUAUCGGUAAGGUGACUGAAUUGAUUUGUAUAUCUUAUUAUACUUUAGUGUUUAUGUGAUAUUGUUCUGUAAUGAUUCGUGGUGACUGUUAAUUAUAUUUAUUUCUUAAUUUAUAACAAUUAAAGGCCUGUUUAGCGGUAUUAAAUAAGUUUUACUUUAUAUUAUUUUGUUAAAAACACUUAUUUACGGAUAACUCAGGCCUCUAAGGAAACUUGACACAAAGUUGUUUUAAGUUUUUUAUAAUUUAUUUGCAACGGAACAUUCGGAACGGAUAGUUGCUCAUUAUUUUGUGUAAGUACCUAUCGUAUUUAAUGUUGUAAGUACCUUUACUUAAAAAUAAAUCAUGAAUCGUUA